UAUGAUGCAAAAUCCAUCUUAAUUCACAAAAACUGCUGACUCUCUGCUACGACCAGUACCUGGUACGGUAUUUGCACGUUAAAAAUUACGGGAAUUCAAAAAAGUCGUAAUUGCAUCACUCGCCACAUGAGGGGCCCGAGAACACGCAACUUUGACACAGGUCAACGAACUCCGGGUGUAGCAGAGACAGAGAACUAGGCUGGUGCGACUUGAUCCGUUGUACAUCAUUCGGAGCAGAGCGGAUAGUAAAACCUCAUUUUACCUCGCACUCAGUCUACGUCUAUUUACACAACCGUACAUGGUUCACACGGAAUGCUAGCAACCUAAGGUAUUGGAUAAGGAUUAGUGCGAUUGCUAGGCAGCAUAAUGAUGCAAUCAAGAUGGGUAAAACUGUCGAAUAUUCUCUUGUUUAUUGGAAUUUAUUACAUUCAUUUUCCACACUCGGGUCGCGUCCGUGCAUCAAGCACAACAUAUUCUAGCAAAAGACAGAAUGUUUCCAGGCGCUUGCAUGCAUCGAACAAAACGAAUUCUAGUAGAAGGAAUAAUGAUUCAAGGCACGUGCGUGCGUCGAACACGACGAAUCCUAGUAUGAGGCAGAAUUAUGCAUAUGAUUUAUACCCCCGAGAGCUCGUUGGUCUAGAAGAAAAAUGGAAUUUGACGCAAAAUGGAGCUGACUUCCAGGGUAUGAAAUACCGACUGAAGUACAUUGUGAGCGACUUUAUUCUGGAAUCUAUGUUAAGGACCGUUGCCUAUACUGAAGAAUGCGAAGAAGGAGGUGUCGAAAUCCCAUCUUCCCAUAUGACUUAUGAAGUUACUUUCGAUGACACACCUCCUGGAGAUGGAGGUUUGGAAAGGACUUUUAAUAUCCAAACAGAGGUCAAUCCAGGAGUUGAGGACUCUCUCGUUUACAAGACCGUAAUCGAUCCAGAAACCGGAGCCAAACUAGCUGAGGUCCGUUUCUGUAUGUUGACAGUACUUCGGACGAAUACACCUAACCCAAUUGGAGUCAAUUUUUUGGAAACCGUGGUUGGUUUCACAGCUAAUUUGACAUCCGGAUUCGGGGUCUCAGCCAAUGUGGGGCCAAAAGAAAAGAUUGUAACAACCGCUGCAGAAAGUUACAACGUAAAUGCUUACCUAUGUGAUGAAUACAAUGAAGAACUAACGGGCUCGGCGUUGACCAACGCUAGGACACAAGGGCAAAUUGUACGGGCCUGCGUAACACCAGAUCAAGAUGCUCGAGACGAUGGCGUUUUUAUGAAAGCCAUUCAAGACUUCACCUGGUUUAGGGAUUACGGAGGAGGACUGGGAAUGGUCUCGCAAGUUGCAGUACAGGAUUCACAGGCAGCUUCGAAUUUAUUGACCAUACUGUAUUGUACACCGGGUAGCAUUACCUGCGCUUUUGAAUCGAUUCUGUUUGCAUCUAUGUUUUUAACACCAGGUGACGUUUCUGGGACUGGAACAGCUCUUUUGCAACUCGGUGAUAGUUCCGAAGAAAGAAAGCGCAGAGGCCUAGAGAGCUCAUCAUUAUCUCGGUCAUUACAAGAUGCCGGUGAUCUUCCCGCGACAGACUUUGGUCUCGAGUUCGACCUCCGAUUAGGGGAAGAAUAUACAGGAACGUUGAAAACAGCCUCUUCUCCAAAACUUGAACUGAUGCAUUCGAUUGCUACCAUGGGGACGAUUGCGUUGAUAAAUUUGUUGUAAAAAUAUUAUCUCAGACUUCCCGCUACCAAGCUAACUCAGUUUGCAGAUCCCCCAGCUAAGUAUAGAUUAAUUAGAAUAAAAUAGAAUACAACAG